UCUACUCUGUACUAUCCAAAGUUCCAUACCUUUCCAAAAGGAAGUCAAAACCGUCGCUCCGUUGAACCCAAUAAUUUUCAGGCGAAAUGAUCGAAGCCGUGGAGCAUUCCCCUCAGUCCAAAAGGCCAAAACUUUCUUUCUGUUCUAGCUACAACCAAACACCACCGGAAACCAUGAUUGAAGAGAAACAAGACCUCAUGAUUUCACCAACUGGCGGAGACCCAUUUCACAAAACAGCCCACUUCCUCAAACCCACUUCGCCUUCCUCCAUUGAUGAACCUUUUCUCAAGCUCCCUGAUUCCUUCUCUUCCCUCCCUCCACAUUUUGACCCUACAAGUUGGAAUUUGAAAGUUGAAUUCCCUGGAUGGCAACACGGUCAGAAAGAAUGGAAAGCUUGGGUUGAUCAAUUGGCUCCACUUCACCAAUCUACAUGGAAGAAAGCUGAGAAAUGGUGCUCUGAAACCAACACCUUCAUUUUUCCAUGGGGUGAAACCACAAUCACAUUGGAGGAUGUUAUGGUUUUGGGAGGCUAUUCGGUUUUGGGAGACUCUAUUUUCAGUCCUAUUCAAACCAGAGAACUGAAAGAAAUAGAAGACAAACUUGAGAAAGUGCGAAGGGAGAUUAUUAGAAGAUGUAAGAAGGCCCGGACAAGCACGUGGUUCAAGAAGUUCAUCAACAGUGGGAGUGAAUUCGAGCACGAAGCAUUUCUUGCCUAUUGGCUGUCCAGGUAUGUUUUCAACAGUCGAACAGUUUAUAGGCAUGUUUUAUCGAUUGCAAUUCAUUUAGCUAGGGGAACGAAAAUUUCGCUUGCACCAUCUGUUCUUGCCAGCAUUUAUAAAGAUUUGGGUUUACUGGGAAGUGCAAUUGUAGAUUUAAGUAAACUAACGAGUAGUGAUGAUACUAUAGAAUUGAACCUCAGUUCACCAUUGCAGUUUGUUCAAGUUUGGGCAUGGGAAAGAGUGUUGGAACUUAGUCCAUUGGCCAAUGUUGUCAAUAAUGCUGAGCCAAGAUUGGCUCGAUGGGAUAGAGUGAAUGGUUUAAGUGUGAAAGAUUUGAGGAGGGUUUUAGACUAUGCCGGAGAGGAUUUCAUGUGGCGCCCUUAUGCCAUGGCCAUUGAGAACUCAAAUUUUCCAAAAUACUAUUUGGAAAAGGAAAAAUGGAUUGGUCCUGGUUUGGAUGAUGAGUACCUGUCAUUUGCCAUAUGCUUGAGGGCGACUGAGUUAAACGGAAUUGGUACUACAGAGCAAUACCUUCCGCAUAGGGUAGCUAGGCAGUUUGGAUUUGAUCAAGACAUUCCCAGUUUUGUUGCUCGAGCCGAUGAUGAUUAUGAUAUUCUCUCUGGAAAAGAAAAUCCUCAUAUAGCCUGGAAACAUCACAUCAAGGAGAUUAAGAAGCUAAAAUUGUAUAUCCCAUCUAGGCUUUCUGAGGCAGAUGUGAGCACAAGAUACAUGAUAUGGUGGGAGGAAACAGUAUCAGGUCUCAAACACAUCACUGAGCCUAGGAUGCCACAAAAGAAGAAAGCAAAUACUACUGAGGGAUCACUACUGACGGGUAAACAUGGUCCAAUGUAUCCUGGUUUUCCACGCAAGAAAGUUGCUGGGUCAAAGGAAAGGAUAAGAAUUGCUGAUUUCACCAUUCCUUCUGUUUCAAAUGGUAGCAAUGAAGGUAAUGAUUCUCUUGUUCCUCCAGGAUUUUCUCCCACAAGUAAUAGGAUGAAAGCUGGAUAUCCUAUGGACGAAGAUGAACUAACUAUAUCAGAAAUUUUGGAAAUAAGAAAGAAGCAUAAUGUUGAAAUCGGAAAAAGGGGUGAUGAUUCAAUUCCUGGUGAAAGUUCUGCUGAUAUUAUGAUGCCAGAAAGAUUGGAGAAAGAGGAUAUGCUGAAUCCAACAUUGCUGUGUAGAUGUAAGCACAAGAAGAACCUGAAAAAUGUAACGGUGAGUAAUGUAAGCAAUCCAGAUAAUGACAUGAUAAGCAUUAUUGGCAAUGUAUGGGCUAGCAGGGUCGAGAAACAGGUCUCAGAGCUUAAAAAUAUUGUGAGAAGCUUAAAGAAAACAGAAGUUUUAAAAUAUCAUAAGAAGCACAAAAUUAUUGAACCUAGAAAAGGUGGUGACAGCGUGAAGUUAUCAGGUGAUGUUCAAAAUCUGGCAUCCUCGACUCUGGAAGAAGGUUCUGUACGUUCUAUGCUAUCAGAGAGAUUUGAGAAAGAGGUUCUGUUGAGUGAAGCUGAAGCUUUGAUUGGUAGAUCCAAGGCCAAGAAAAACCUGGAAAAUGUCAAGGGAUUUAAUGCAACAUGUCCAGGUAACCAUACGGUAAGUAUCAUUUGUAAUGGUAGUUCUAGCUGCAGCUCUGCAUUUGAGAAACUAUAUUCCUCAAAGGAGUUCCAGAGCCAGUUUUCAGAGCUUCAAGCUACGGUUACCAGGCUUGAAAGUGUGGUUGAUGUGUCACAAGAAAACACAAAUAGAGCAGGUUUUAGUAACUGCUAAGGAACAAAGCCCUCUUCGGAUUCUGUAUCACUAAGACCAAGUUUUUCUUACUAAUGUAACUGAUGGAUACUUUAUUUUCCUCACGUUUGCACGAUGCUUAACAAAAGAAUGAAUGUGUCU